AUGGCAUUGAUUGCAGUGAAAAAUGAAGAGAACUCUCUACGUAGAUCCAUCAAUAUGGUUGAAAAUGAAAAUGACGUUCCUGCCCUUGAGCCGAGGCGUGUGAAGAGAAGAAGAAGAGAUCUUACACUAGACUGUAAAACUCAACAGUUGCAAACAACAAACCUUACCCAACAAACGGAUCAAGCUGCAGCUUCACCAAGUCCAACUACUGUGAAAAGAAGUUCAAAGUUUCGUGGUGUGAGUAAACAUAGAUGGACAGGUAGAUAUGAAGCACACUUGUGGGAUAAACUUUCUUGGAAUGUUACACAGAAAAAAAAAGGAAAACAAGUUUAUCUUGGAGCUUAUGAUGAAGAAGAAUCAGCAGCUCGUGCAUAUGAUCUAGCUGCACUCAAGUACUGGGGUCCUUCAACUUUCACAAAUUUUCCGGUCUCCGAUUACGAGAAAGAAAUUGAAAUAAUGUUGACCGUAACAAAGGAAGAAUAUUUAGCCUCGUUAAGAAGAAAAAGCAGUGGGUUUUCAAGAGGAGUAUCAAAGUAUCGAGGAGUUGCAAGACACCAUCAUAACGGAAGAUGGGAAGCCCGAAUCGGGAGAGUUUUUGGAAACAAGUAUCUCUACCUCGGAACUUACAGCACCCAAGAAGAAGCAGCCCGUGCUUAUGAUAUUGCAGCAAUCGAGUAUCGAGGGGUAAACGCGGUCACAAAUUUUGAUUUAAGCACUUACAUCAGAUGGUUGAAACCAGUAGCACAAGCUCCAGUUACACCCCAAGACCCAAAACCACAUAAAGAAAUUACGGUUAUGCCCUUUAACAACUUUGGUUUAGUUGAAGGAGAAUCAGAGCCAUUGUUCAUCAACUAUAAGAAUUCGAUACAAAAAGAAAUGAGUUUACCCCAAAAACAAGAACCAUUUGAAACCAAAUUUCCUAUUAGUCCAACCCAAAAAUCAUCUCCAACAGCACUUGGGUUGCUGUUUCAGUCCUCAAUCUUUAAAGAACUUGUUCAGAAAAACCUUAAUGCAUGCAGUGAUGAGGAAGAUGAUGCAGAAGUCAACAAGAGGGGAUCACAGAUGGUCAACGAUGAAGAGUAUGAUGGGAUUUUUUAUGAGGCUGAGGAAACUUUCCCGUUUAUGAACUCCCUAAAUCCAAAUGCUAUGAAGUUUCAAGGAAACUUCAAUGUCAACUAUGAUUUUCAAGAACAUUCAUUUGGGUCAACAAUAUAA